UACUCUUGUUAGGGAAAUACUCGCAAAAGAAAAUCGAUAGGGUUUAAAGGGUUUUAAGCAAAAUAGAGAGAAAGGAGAAAGGGCAAACAAAUGGAGAAGAAUACGGGAAGUGAGACGAAGAAGAUGAAUGGUGGAGGAAAUGGAGGAGGAGGGUUCAGAGCAAAAUUGGAGCAUGUCCUAUAUAGCGGCGAAAAGAAGCACGUCGUAGCUGGUAUCGCCGUCAUCAGCGUCGUCUUUGGCGUUCCCUGGUACUUCAUGACCCGAGGCUCCAAGCAACAAUCUCAUCAAGAUUACCUGGAAAAAGCUGAUAAGGCAAGGAGUGCGAGACUCUCUGCUGCUUCAUCUUCAGCUAAAUAAUGGACGCCACAGAAAGAGUUACUUUAAUCAAGUUUGCUGUGCCGGUUCCUUCAGGCUUUUGAGUUAGGAGCAUGCUAUUCUGAGGACAUGUUUAAAUGCCUCUUUUGGACAAACUUGUGUUAUAUUGCAUACAAAACCAGUCACAACGGAAUAACAUAGUUUGUGUUCUUUAUCUUCAUAGACGCUGGAGUUGAACAUAUUGAAAUUCUUUCAAUUCUCUUGGACUUGCAUUGUGAAUCUCCGUUGCUUGUAUUGUUGCGGAAUGUAGCCUUUCUUGUCACGUUCAGUAAUGAUUAACACGUGGAUUAACUUAAAAUGAUGAGAUUUGCUUCA